GUGUUGGUGGAAGGAUCUAGAAACCUUACGAGCGCCCACUAUAUAACCAUUCCUAAGAAAACUCUUAAUCAGCUCUCCGGAAUCAUCAUGUCGGACACCGAGACGUUUGCCUUCCAGGCUGAGAUCAACCAGCUUCUCUCCCUUAUCAUCAACACCUUCUACAGCAACAAGGAGAUCUUCCUUCGUGAACUCAUCAGCAACUCUUCCGAUGCACUGGACAAGAUUAGAUUCGAGUCUUUGACUGACAAGAUCAAGCUCGAUGGCCAGCCAGAGCUCUUCAUUCACAUCAUCCCAGAUAAAAGCAACAACACCUUGACCAUCAUCGACAGUGGUAUCGGGAUGACUAAGGCUGAUUUGGUUAACAAUCUGGGUAUAAUCGCUAGGUCUGGCACCAAGGAGUUCAUGGAGGCAUUGGCUGCUGGUGCCGAUGUCAGCAUGAUUGGUCAGUUUGGUGUUGGUUUCUACUCUGCUUACUUGGUUGCUGAGAAGGUUGUUGUCGUCACGAAGCACAACGAUGACGAGCAGUACGUGUGGGAGUCUCAGGCCGGAGGAUCCUUCACUGUGACCAGAGACACCUCUGGUGAGGUCCUUGGUAGGGGUACGAAGAUGACGCUUUACCUCAAGGAGGACCAGUUGGAGUACCUUAAGGUGCGACGCCUUAAGGAUUUGGUGAAGAAGCACUCUGAGUUCAUCAGCUACCCGAUAUCUCUUUGG